AUGAACGGUCUCGCCCAAGUAAUCGGCUCGUUGCUGAUGUAUGGAAUUGGGAAAAAUACACAGUUGGGCCUGGCACCGUGGCGUGUCUUGUUCCUCGUCUGUGGCGCGUUGACGACCUUUUCGGGGAUCUUGUUUACCGUCCUGAUGCCAAACGGCCCGCAAGAUGCCUGGUUUCUGAACGCAAGAGAGAAGGAUGUUCUGAGAAUGCGCAUGGCGGCCGAUAAUGAAGGUGGAGACGCCAGACGUUUCUCAGGGGCUCAAUUCAAGGAGGCGAUGCUGGAUGUGAAGUCGUGGUUGGUGUUUGGUUUUGGGCUGUUGGUUACGAUGCAGAGUCCAGUUUUGACGUUUGCAUCUCUCGUCAUAAACAACAUUGGUUACGACAAAUACGAUACUCUGCUUCAUACUGCCCCGUCCGGGGCUGUUCAAAUCGCAUUUAUCUGGAUAGCUGUGAUAGCAUGCCUAAUUUUCCCCGGGAGGCGAUCGGUAAUCGUGAUGUUCUUGAUCAUCCCACCUCUAAUAGGGAACGUAUUACUGUUGAAGCUGCCUCUUUCAGCGCAAUGGGGUCUAAUUAUUGCCUCGUGGCUGGCCUCGUGUAUAUCAGACGUCAUGGCUAUUUUGCUCAGUCUCAGCGCUUCGAACGUGAAAGGAAAUACAAAGCGGGCUGUCGUUAACAGUCUGUUCUUCAUUGGGUACUGCGUUGGAUGUAUUGCGGCGCCGCAGCUGUGGACAAAGAAACCGCGGUAUUUUGAGGGAGUUAUCACUGCGAUCGUGACAUGGUGUUUGUUGUUUGUUGUCGUGGGUAUCUACUGGGUUAUAUGUGCCAAGGAGAAUACAGCUAGGGAGGAGAAAGAGAGAUGUGGCGAGGUGGAAGUAGCUGAGGUCGAACCCGAGGAAGGUGAUGUUACUGACAAGCAGGAUAGAGGGUUUAGGUAUAGUUUCUAA